AUGCGGCGCACAGGGAGGACGCUACUGGUGCUGCUGUGUGUGGCGCUUACACUAACCACUGGGCAAAUCCAAGAUGCCACCGUCGUCCUUGGUCAGGGAGCGCUCGUGGGGCUGAAGGUGUUCCCGGAGACAUCCCGGAUACCGAUCUUCACCUACCUCGGAGUUCCGUACGCAAAACCCCCGCUGAAUGAGCUUCGGUUCGCGCCACCCGUUCCAAGUGCCGGCUGGAAUCGGACGCUCUACGCCCGCGACUUCAAACCCAUCUGUCCGCAGAUUGAAAACAAUAGCUACGAAGACCUGGACGCUGGUCGGCAGUUUCGGGCACGCCAAACCAGCGAAGACUGCCUGUACCUUAACGUGUGGAUUCCGGAAACGGCCAUCCGGUACGGUGGGUUCCCCGUGCUGGUGAUGAUCACCGGCGAGGAGAUGGCGUUCGACUGGAACGCGAACCGUGCCACCGGACUCGACCUGGCCGCCGACGGCAUCAUCGUGGUGACGGUUCAGUACCGGAGCAACGUGUUCGGAUGGCUGUCGUUGGGUCAACGGUACGCACCCGGUAACCUGGGACUGCUGGACCAGCAUCUGGCGCUGGUCUGGAUAAAAGACAACAUCCAGAAGUUCGGUGGGGACACUAACCGUGUCACGCUACUCGGCCACGGCAGUACCGGAGCGCCGAACGUGAUGACGCAUAUGGUGAGCCCUCGGGCACGGGGACUCUUCGGUCGGGCGAUCAUAAUGUCUGGCACGAUCUACUCGCCGUACGCGGCGGUCAACGUCGACACGCGGCUGUCGCAGGAGAUUGUCAAGAUACUGGCGUGCAACUACGACGUCGGGCGGAAUGUGCUGAAGUGUUUGCAGCAAAAGAGCAUCCACGACCUGUUGCGGGCGUACGAGUACGUGUACCGGAACGGGAACUACACCGUGAACCUGGGGCCGAUCGUGGACCACUAUCUGCCUCCCGGCGACCGGUACGUAGUGGACGAUCCUCGAGCGCUGUUCGCGGCCAAAGCGCUGGUCAACGAGGACAUGCCGAUCAUGUUCGGUAUCACCAGCAACGAGGGAGCGUUCCUGUACAGCCACUGGAUCGAGCUGGCCCGUCAGGGUUACGCUUCGCUGCGGAAGUACAUCAAUGCGACGCUACUACCCAACAUCAUUGAGCAGUACCACUUCGAGGGCGUUGGACAGGAACAGAUACGGGAAACGAUCAAUUGGCGAUUCUUUGACCAGAUUCCUCCAACGGUUGCCGACCAUCUUCGGGCGAUCGUGAAGCUGGUGUCGGAAACCCGCCACGAGAUACCGUUCUACCGCACGGUCCAGGUACUGAGCAGUCCCAAGCCGCCGCCAAAGCUGAUAGCGAUCGGCACGGUCGAGGGAGAAUUCGUCAACGCCGAACAGCAGCAGCAGCAGCAACAACAAAAGCACGCUUCUGGGCCGGUGUUCGCGUACUUGUUCCACCAUCCCAACUCGAUGGACAUGCGGGGCCGUAUCAACUACUUCGGCGGGGCGUCGCACUCCUCCGAUUUGCCAUUCCUGAUGGGCCCCAGCCUGUACCGGGAGAUUGGGCGCAAGCGAUUGUCGCUCACCGAGGACAAGCUGUGCAAGAAGAUCCGGUCACUGUUUGCCGAAUUCAUCAAGGGAGGCAACCCGACACCUGGCCGCCAGUUUGACGCUUGGGCGCCGUACACGGAGCAGCUGAAGUACAUCAAACUCAUCUCGGCGAAACAGGAAUCGGUGCACCGGAACGAGCACACGUCAAUCGAGAACACGUUCGAGGACAACCUGCAGGAGAUAGAAGAGAAACUGUUGGCCACCGAAGGGCCCCCGGGGGAACCGGCUCCCGGGAAUACGCCCCCAAAUCCGUACCUUCUUGGGGCCGACCAGCUGGCCGACCAGGAGAGCUCGCGGACGUCCAAGAGCGCCGUCUACCUGGGCGGGGCGAGUCGUGACUCGGAGUACUUCUACUAUCUGCGCAAGAUCAACAGCUUCUGGGAGCAGUUCCUGCCCAAGCUGAGCCAGAUCGUGAACGAGACGAACCAGGAGAAGCUGCGCAACCGCCGCAUCGACCUGACGCUCGAGGAGGAGCAGGACCUGUUCCGCGAGACGGCCGCCGCCUCCAAGUACAAGCACGCGUUCUUCUCGAUGCUCACGCUGGUCUGCAUGCUGCUGGCGGUGCUGUGCAUGUGCGUGUACGUGCUGCGGAAGAACAGCACCAAGAGCCUGUCCAGCAUCUUAUGA